CGGCCGGCGCGCGCCGCUGUGCAGUGCGAGCGAUCCAAGAUGGAGGGCGAGUCCGCGCGGGGCUCGUGGUGAGCGGAGCGCAGGCAGCGCAGUGCGGUCAGAGGCGCCGGCGGCUUCCUCCAACUCUCCACGCCAGAGAGAACGAGGUCGCUGGGAUUCUUUGUAAGGCUCACACUCACCGGUCGCCACGGCCAUGAGCUCCGGGGACGGCGCCGAGGAGACGGCGAAGGACGCGGCCGACAUCGCGGCGUUCUUCAGACCCGGCGAUUGUUCUCUUCCAAAAUGUGAGCCAAAAGUUGAUGCACCCAUCCAAAAAGCAGGGUUUCGCAGGAAUGAAGAGAUGAAGGCAAUGGAAGUCCUGCCUAUCCUGAAGGAAAAAGUUGCUUUCUUAUCAGGGGGCCGAGACCGACGGGGAGGUCCAGUCCUGACGUUUCCGUCACGGAGCAACCAUGACAGAAUACGGCAGGAGGACCUGCGGCGCCUCAUCGCCUACCUUGCUGGAAUUCCCAGCGAGGAUGUGUGUAAACAUGGCUUCACCGUCAUUGUGGAUAUGCGCGGGUCCAAGUGGGACUCGAUCAAGCCGCUGCUGAAGAUUCUGCAGGAGUCCUUCCCCUCCUGCAUCCACAUUGCUCUUAUCAUCAAGCCAGACAACUUCUGGCAGAAGCAGAGAACCAACUUUGGGAGCUCCAAGUUUGAAUUUGAGACCACCAUGGUGUCCCUCGAAGGCCUGUCCAAGGUGGUGGACCCCUCCCAGCUGACCCCAGACUUUGAUGGUAGCCUGGACUACAACCAUGAGGAGUGGAUCGAGAUCCGGGUGGCUUUUGAGGACUUCACCAGCAAUGCCACACACAUGCUGGCCCGCCUGGAGGAGCUGCAGGAGACGCUUUCCAGGAAGGACUUUCCACAGGAACUGGAGGGUGCAAGGCGAAUGAUUGAGGAACAUGCAAGCCUGAAGAAGAAGGUGGUCAAGGCACCCAUUGAGGAGUUGGAUGUCGAAGGCCAGCGGUUGUUGCAGCGCAUCCAGAGCAGCGAAGGCCAUGGUGGCCGGAAUGCAGGCUCCACCAAUGUUGACACGCAGAGCCUAGUGCCGAAGGUCGCUGCCAUGCUGGACAGGCUCCACUCAACACGCCAGCACCUUCACCAGAUGUGGCACAUGCGAAAGCUGCAACUAGAUCAGUGUUUUCAACUGCGCUUGUUUGAGCAGGAUGCCGAAAAGAUGUUCGACUGGAUUAUGCACAAUAAGGGUCUCUUCUUGGCCGGCUACACAGAGAUCGGGGCCAACCACAACCACGCCGUGGAGCUUCAGACGCAGCACAAUCACUUUGCCAUGAAUUGCAUGAACGUGUACGUGAACAUCAACCGCAUCAUGUCUGUGGGGAACCGGCUGCUGGAGUCGUCGCACUACGCUUCCCAGCAGAUCAAGCAGAUCUCUAACCAGCUGGAGCAAGAGUGGAAGGCCUUCGCCGCAGCCCUGGAUGAGCGCAGCACCCUGCUCGAGAUGUCUGCCGUUUUUCACCAGAAGUGUGAUCAGUACAUGAGCAACAUGGACUCAUGGUGCAAGGCCUGCGGGGAGAUGGAUCUGCCCUCGGAACUGCAGGAUUUGGAGGAUGCCAUCCACCACCAUCAGGGCCUGUAUGAGCACAUCACAGCAGCCUACUCUGAGGUGAGCCAGGAUGGCAAGGCGCUGUUGGACAAGCUGCAGCGACCCCUGACCCCAGGUAGCGCAGACUCCCUGACGGCCUCUGCUAAUUACUCCAAGGCAGUACACCAUGUGCUGGACAUCAUUCACGAGGUGCUGCACCAUCAGCGGCAGCUGGAGAACAUCUGGCAACACCGCAAGGUCCGACUGCACCAGCGGCUGCAGCUCUGCGUCUUCCAGCAAGACGUGCAGCAGGUGCUGGAUUGGAUCGAGAACCAUGGAGAGGCCUUCCUCAGCAAGCACACGGGUGUGGGCAAGUCACUGCACAGGGCAAGAGCACUGCAGAAGCGACAUGAGGACUUUGAAGAGGUGGCUCAGAACACGUACACGAAUGCGGAUAAGCUGCUGGAAGCAGCGGAACAACUCGCCCAGACGGGGGAGUGUGACCCCGAGGAGAUCUACCAAGCAGCUCGUCAGCUGGAAGACCGCAUCCAGGACUUUGUGAGACGUGUGGAGCAGCGUAAGGUGCUGCUGGACAUGUCCGUGUCCUUCCACACCCACGUUAAAGAGCUCUGGACCUGGCUGGAAGAUCUGCAGAAGGAGCUGCUGGAUGAUGUGUAUGCUGAGUCGGUGGAGGCUGUGCAAGACCUCAUCAAGCGCUUUGGCCAGCAGCAGCAGACCACCCUGCAGGUCACUGUCAAUGUGAUCAAGGAGGGUGAGGACCUCAUCCAGCAGCUGAGGGACUCUGCGAUCUCCAGUAACAAGACGCCCCACAACAGCUCUAUUAACCACAUUGAGAGUGUCCUGCAGCAGCUGGAUGAGGCGCAGGCCCAGAUGGAGGAGCUCUUUCAGGAAAGGAAGAUCAAACUAGACCUCUUCCUGCAGCUGCGCAUCUUCGAGAGGGAUGCCAUCGAUAUAAUCUCGGACCUGGAGUCUUGGAACGAGGAGCUGUCUCAGCAGAUGAACGACUUUGACACGGAGGACCUGCCCCUUGCGGAGCAACGACUGCAACACCAUGCUGAUAAGGCCCUCACAAUGAACAACCUGACCUUUGACGUCAUCCACCAGGGUCAGGAGCUGCUGCAGUAUGUCAACGAGGUCCAGGCAUCAGGCGUGGAGCUGCUGUGCGACCGAGACGUUGACAUGGCCACACGGGUACAGGAUCUGCUGGAGUUCCUCCACGAGAAGCAGCAGGAGCUGGACAUUGCUGCUGAGCAGCACCGCAGGCACUUGGAGCAGUGUGUGCAACUGCGUCACCUGCAGGCUGAAGUGAAGCAGGUGUUGGGCUGGAUCCGGAAUGGCGAGUCCAUGCUGAACGCGGGUCUCAUCACAGCCAGCUCCCUACAGGAGGCAGAGCAGCUGCAGAGGGAGCACGAGCAGUUCCAGCAUGCCAUCGAGAAGACGCACCAGAGCGCCCUGCAGGUGCAGCAGAAGGCCGAGGCCAUGCUGCAGGCCAACCACUACGACAUGGACCUGAUCCGCGAGUGCGCCGAGAACGUGGCUUCCCACUGGCAGCAGCUCAUGCUCAAGAUGGAAGAUCGACUGAAGCUGGUCAACGCAUCCGUGGCUUUCUACAAGACCUCCGAGCAGGUAUGCAGCGUGCUCGAGAGCUUGGAGCAGGAGUACAAGCGAGAGGAGGACUGGUGUGGCGGAGCUGACAAGCUGGGGCCCAACUGCGAGACGGACCACGUCACACCCAUGAUCAGCAAGCAUCUGGAACAGAAGGAGGCCUUCCUGAAGGCAUGCACGCUGGCUCGGCGCAAUGCGGAUGUCUUCCUCAAGUACCUGCACAGGAACAGUGUCAAUGUGCCUGGCAUGCUGAGCCAUGUCAAGGCCCCUGAGCAACAGGUCAAAAACAUCUUGAAUGAGCUCCUGCAGAGGGAGAACCGUGUCCUGCAUUUCUGGACCAUGCGCAAGAGGAGACUGGACCAGUGUCAGCAGUAUGUGGUGUUUGAGCGCAGUGCCAAGCAGGCCCUGGAGUGGAUCCACGACACAGGCGAGUUCUACCUGUCCACUCACACGUCGACAGGCUCCAGCAUCGAACAUACCCACGAGUUGCUGAAGGAACACGAGGAGUUCCACAUCACAGCCAAGCAAACCAAAGAGCGGGUCAAGCUGUUGAUUCAGCUGGCCGAUGGCUUUUGCGACAAGGGCCACGCUCAUGCGGUGGAGAUAAAGAAAUGGGUGACGGCCGUGGACAAGCGCUACCGCGACUUCUCCCUCCGCAUGGACAAGUACCGCACCUCUUUGGAGAAGGCGCUGGGCAUUUCCUCCGACUCCAACAAGGCGAGCAAAGACUUGCAGUUGGACAUCAUCCCAGCCAGUGCCCCAGGGUCAGAGGUCAAGCUGCGUGAUGCUGCCCAUGAGCUCAAUGAGGAGAAGCGGAAGUCGGCCCGCCGGAAAGAGUUCAUAAUGGCAGAACUGAUUCAGACGGAGAAAGCCUAUGUGAGGGACCUCAGGGAGUGCAUGGAUACAUACCUGUGGGAGAUGACUAGCGGCGUAGAGGAAAUACCACCGGGCAUCGUCAACAAGGAGCACACCAUCUUCGGCAAUAUGCAGGACCUCUACGAGUUCCAUCACAACAUAUUCCUGAAGGAGCUGGAGAAGUAUGAGCAGCUUCCGGAGGACGUGGGCCACUGCUUUGUGACCUGGGCUGAUAAGUUCCAGAUGUAUGUGAACUAUUGCAAAAACAAACCAGACUCCACUCAACUCAUACUGGAGCACGCUGGGGCCUAUUUCGAUGAGAUCCAGCAACGGCACAGACUGGCCAACUCAAUCUCCUCAUAUCUGAUUAAGCCAGUGCAGAGAAUUACCAAAUACCAGCUCCUUCUGAAGGAGCUCCUGACAUGCUGUGAGGAAGGCAAAGGCGAGAUAAAGGACGGCUUGGAGGUCAUGCUGAGCGUGCCCAAGCGUGCCAAUGAUGCCAUGCACCUCAGCAUGCUGGAAGGCUUCGACGAGAACAUUGAAUCGCAGGGCGAGCUCAUCCUCCAGGAAUCCUUUCAGGUGUGGGACCCCAAGACCCUCAUCCGCAAGGGCCGAGAGAGGCACCUCUUCCUCUUUGAGAUGUCCCUCGUCUUUAGCAAGGAGGUCAAGGACUCCAACGGGAGAAGCAAGUACAUUUACAAGAGCAAGCUGUUCACUUCUGAGCUCGGAGUCACGGAGCACGUCGAAGGAGACCCCUGCAAAUUCGCCCUGUGGGUGGGUCGUACGCCGACGUCGGACAACAAGAUUGUCCUGAAGCCAAGUCAGGGAAGCAAAUAUGGAGCCAUGGCCUCAAGCAUCGAGAAUAAACAGGACUGGAUCAAGCACAUCCGGGAGGUAAUUCAGGAACGCACCAUCCACCUGAAGGGGGCGCUCAAGGAGCCUAUCCACAUCCCCAAAGCCACAACCACCAAACACAAGGGCAGGAGGGAUGGGGAAGACUUGGACAGUCAGGGUGAUGGCAGCAGUCAGCCCGACACCAUCUCCUUGGCCUCCCGCACUUCCCAAAAUACCCUAGACAGUGACAAGCUGUCCGGCGGCUGCGAGCUGACCGUCGUCAUCCAUGACUUUGCUGCCGGCAACAGCAACGAGCUGACGGUGCGACGCGGACAGACGGUGGAAGUACUGGAGCGGCCCCACGACCGACCUGACUGGUGCCUGGUGCGCACCACUGACCGUUCGCCUGCCCAGGAGGGGCUGGUGCCCUGCACUAUGCUCUGUAUCGCCCACUCACGCAGCAGCAUGGAGAUGGAGGGCAUCUUCAACCACAAAGACACUCUGUCGGUGUGCAGCAAUGAUGCCAUAGUACCAGGGUCCUCGGCCACGCUGCAGCCCGGCCACCUGUCCGGUCCCCACAGCUCUCCAGGGGCCAAGCGACCCGGAAACACUCUGCGCAAGUGGCUCACCAGCCCCGUGCGGCGCCUCAGUAGCGGCAAGGCCGACGGCCAUGUCAAGAAGCUGGCACACAAGCACAAGAAGAGCCGCGACGUUCGCAAGAGCGCCGACGGAGGCUCCCAGAAAGACUCAGACGAUAGUGCCGCCACUCCUCAGGAUGAAACCAUGGAGGAGAGGGUGCGGAGCGAGGGCCUCAGCAGCGGCACGCUGUCCAAGUCGUCCUCAUCUGGGAUGCAGAGCUGCGGGGAGGAGGAGGGUGAGGAGGGGGCCGACGCCGUGCCCCUGCCUCCCCCCAUGGCUAUCCAGCAGCACAGCCUGCUGCAGCCCGACUCACAGGAUGAUAAGACAUCCUCGAGACUCUCGGUACGGCCCAGCAGCUCAGAGACACCCAGCGCUGCCGAGCUGGUCAGCGCCAUCGAGGAGCUCGUCAAAAGCAAAAUGGCCCUGGAGGAUCGGCCCAGUUCCCUCUCUGUGGACCAGGGAGAUAGCAGCAGCCCCUCCUUCAACCCUUCAGACAACUCCCUCCUGUCCUCCUCCUCGCCCAUUGACGAGAUGGAGGAGCGCAAAACCGGCUUCCUCAAGCGGAGGCACUACGUGCUCCUGGAGCUUGUAGAGACCGAGAGGGACUAUGUGAGAGACCUGGGUUUGGUGGUUGAGGGCUACAUGGCCAGGAUGAAGGAGGAAGGAGUGCCAGAUGACAUGAAGGGAAAGGACAAGAUUGUGUUCGGCAACAUCCACCAGAUCUAUGACUGGCACAAAGACUUCUUCCUCGGUGAGCUAGAAAAGUGCCUCGAGGACCCUGAUAGGCUGGCGCCGUUGUUCGUCAAACACGAGCGAAGGUUGCACAUGUACAUCGUCUACUGCCAAAACAAGCCCAAGUCAGAGCAUAUAGUCUCUGAGUACAUUGAUACAUACUUUGAGGACCUCAAACAGCGACUGGGCCACCGUCUGCAGAUCACCGAUUUGCUCAUCAAGCCAGUCCAGAGAAUCAUGAAGUACCAGCUCUUGUUGAAGGAUUUCCUCAAAUUUUCCAAAAAAGCUGGUAUAGAUUCUGCAGAGAUGGAAAAGGCAGUGGAGGUCAUGUGCAUCGUACCAAAAAGGUGCAACGACAUGAUGAAUGUGGGGCGACUCCAAGGCUUUGAUGGGAAGAUCGUAGCCCAGGGCAAGCUCCUCUUGCAGGACACCUUCAUGGUGUCAGACCAGGAUGGUGGACUCUUAGCCCGCAUGAAGGAGAGGCGAGUCUUCCUCUUUGAGCAAAUUGUCAUCUUCAGUGAGCCCCUGGAUAAGAAGAAGGGUUUCUCCAUGCCUGGCUUCCUCUAUAAAAAUAGUAUCAAGGUGAGCUGUUUAGGCUUGGAGGAGAAUGUGGACGGUGACCCCUGCAAGUUUGCGCUAACAUCACGGACCUCCAACAGCAGCACAGACACGUUCAUCCUGCACUCCUCCCACCCAGGCGUGCGGGAAGUCUGGGUCCUCCAGAUCAGCCAGAUCCUGGAGAGCCAGCGCAAUUUCCUCAACGCCCUGACGUCUCCUAUUGAGUAUCAGCGGAACCACGUUGGCACGGGCGGGUCAGGCGGGCCUAGUAGCAGUGGUUCCGCAGGGGGCUCCCGCUCUCGGCCCUCCCGUAUCCCACAGCCAUCUCGCCUGCCACAACCCCUCCGCCACCAUCCCCCCUCCCUCGUCCCCGGAGCCCCGGAGUCAGAGGGGCUGGACAAGAUGUCAGGUACGUCUUCCCACCCACCCACAGGAUGCUCCUCCUCCUCUUCUACCCCAUCGUGUGAGCCAAGCGAGCCAGACCCGCGCAAGGACAUCCCCCGAAUGCGGGUGCUGGAGAGCCCAUGCAGUAUCCGGCAAGCUGAAACCGGCCCAAAGGACCUCCGUGAGGACCCACAGGCCCGCCUCCCCCGAGCUGCUGUUGGCCCCCUGACUUUGUGCAAGCCCCGUCCAGGGGCUGUCUCCCCAUUGGCCUCACCCCUGGCCACCCCUGCUCUUGCCAAGGAAUUCUUCCCUCCUGGCAGCCCCCAAAAGGGGUCCUCGUUUUGGAGCUCCAUGCCGGCUUCCCCUGCCAGCCGGCCGGGCUCCUUCACAUUCCCUGGCGAGGCUGAUGUACCUGGCCGCCAAGGCCAGCGCCACUCUGCUCACAGCAAGGAUGCGGACCGCAUGAGUACGUGCUCCUCAGCCAGCGAGCAGUCAGUGCAGUCCACCCAGAGCAAUGGGAGUGAAAGCAGCAGCAGCAGCAACAUGUCCACCAUGCUGGUGACGCAGGACUACGUGGCGGUGAAAGAGGAUGAGAUCAACGUGUUCCAAGGGGAGGUGGUCCAGAUCCUGGCCAGCAAUCAGCAGAGCAUGUUUCUGGUGUUCCGUGCCGCCAAUGAGCAGAGUCCUGCCGCCGAGGGCUGGAUCCCCGGCUAUGUGCUGGGCCACACAUCCGCCGUCAUCCCCGAUGCCUCAGACGGAACCAUCAAGAAGUCCUCAUCCUGGCACACAUCACUGCGCAUCAGAAAGAAGUCUGAGAGGAGAGACAAGGAGAACAAAAAGGAAAGCAAGCUGGAGAAUGGAUACAGGAAGUCCCGUGAUGGCUUGGCCAACAAGGUUUCUGUAAAGCUUCUGAAUCCCAAUUACAUUUAUGAUGUUCCCCCCGAGGUCCUGCUGCCCUUGAGUGAUGUCACCUGUGACACUGGCGAGAGCGUCACACUCCGCUGUAAAAUCUGCGGCCGCCCCAGGGCCACAGUCACCUGGAAGGGACCUGACCAGAACACUCUGAGUAACAACGGCCACUUCAGCAUCGCCUACAGUGACACAGGGGAGGCCACUCUCCGCAUCGUGGGCGUGUCCUCUGAGGAUGAUGGUGUGUACACCUGCAUUGCCACCAACGAUGUGGGCACAGCGUCAUCCUCGGCCAGUCUCAGAGUUCUGGGUACCACCAGCGACGGACUGAAAGUGACGUGGAAGGACAACUUUGACUCCUUCUACACAGUGGUCUCUGAACUGGGAAGGGGCAGGUUCUCCGUGGUGAAGCAGUGUGACCAGAAGGGCAGCAAGCGGCCUGUCGCCGCCAAGCUGGUCAACAAAAAGCUGAUGAAGCGCGACCAGGUGACUCAGGAGCUGAACCUACUGCAGCGCCUGCAGCACCCCCACGUGGUCCGCCUGCUGGACACCUUUGAGACGGCCACCAGCUACGUGCUGGUCCUCGAGAUGGCCGACCAGGGCCGUCUCUUGGACCACAUUGUGAGCUGGGGAAACCUCACAGAAGAGAAGGUGGCCACGUACCUCCGGGAGAUUUUGGAAGCUUUACAUUACCUGCAUAACUGUAGAAUUGCCCACCUGGACUUGAAGCCUGAAAAUGUGUUGGUGGACCAGAGCUCCGGCCAGCCCACCGUGAAGCUCGUGGACCUGGGUGACGCCGUGCAACUCGGCACCACUCACUACGUGCAUCCACUGCUGGGCAGCCCAGAGUUCGCGGCCCCAGAGCUGGUCCUGGGUGAGCCAGUGGCGCUGGCCUCUGACAUCUGGAGCCUGGGCGUGUUAACGUAUGUGCUGCUGAGCGGAGCCUCGCCCUUCCUGGACGAGAGCGUCGAGGAGACGUGCCUCAAUAUCUGCCGACUGGACUUCAGCUUCCCCGACGACUACUUCCGGGGCGUUAGCCAAGCCGCCCGCGACUUCGUGCGCUUGCUGUUGCGGAGCGAGCCGGCCCAGCGGCCCCCUGCCGCCCGCUGCCUCCAGGAGCCCUGGUUGCAGCCCGGAGGGGGAUCCGAGGGCCGACCCUGCGCAGCCAGCACCCCCUGCAUCGAUACCUCCCGCCUCAUCUCCUUCAUCGACCGGCGCAAACACCAGAACGACGUUCGACCCAUUGGCAGCAUCAAGGCCUUCCUGCACAGUCGACUGCUGCCUGGGCGCUGCUGAUAAACAGGGCGACAGUAAACCCGAAUCAAAGGAAAAAAAUUGAUCUCGUUCUCUUUCACCGACCAAUCGGAACCCAAGGCAUCGAGACCCCCAGUGGUCCUGGACCAGUGGAAGUUUGUUCCCAUGGAAACGCAACGAUUCCUGCUGUUUUGUACCAGUCCCCUGCUGCUGACUGGUGCUCAACCUGAUUUAUUGUAAAAGUUGACUUUAUUGAUAAAAAAUAUAAAUUCAUGAAUAGGUAAUUGGCUAAAUAAGCAGUCCUAGUCAUGAAUGGAGAGUUCACACCUGCACAAAAAGCAUAAUUUUUUUAAAAAAAGAACCACGCAAAUGAAACUAGUAUGGCGGACAAAAACCUUUUUUUUUUUUCUUUUUUUUUUUUUUGCCUGAACCAGUAAACAAGGUAGAGGGCUACAUUUUUUGUUGUUUCCUCUUUCUUUUUUUUAUCUUCUUGCAGCGUUUGAUUCAGGUUGCUUGAACUGAAAGGACACGGAAGUUUUCAUUAGGACCCUCCUUUCUUAAAGAUGUGCUGUUAUGAAACAGGGAAUUAAACAGCAUGAGGAAAGGAGCAUAUCUGUCAGCUUUCAAGAUCAUAUCUAAGAAAAGGAAAAAUAGAACAAAUGGAGAAGGAUGGACAAAAGUGUUUGCAUCGGAAGCGUUGCGUACGCAACGUAGGACAAAUAGACCCCGAAAUACUGAGUUUGCCACAAGGAGCCGAUGCUUUACUCACAUUUUUAAGUGAAAUCAGAGCUUUUUGAGCUUUUUGCCUUGCUUAUUUAUUCAGAGGAACCAUGAAAACCAUGCCACAGUAACAAUACAGAUUUUAAGUGCUGCAAUUACAACUUCCGUGAAAAUACAAGAGAGAAAAUGUCUUUUUUUUUUUUUUUCUUCUCUUUUAUUAGAACAAAUUGUGUUGCUCAGAUUUAAGAUGUAUAAGCCUUACUUUGUAUAUAGACUGUAUCUGCCUUCUGCUUUCAUUUGGAGCGGUCGCUCACCCGGCCGACUGUCUCCGGGGCAGCAAGGGUGAGCCCCGCCAGUAAGGAGAUGUCAAGUGGCUACAGCGUCUCCUAGUGGCGGUGCACAAAGCCCAUCAGACGGCAGUGUGUGAAAAGAGGAGGAUUUACUGUAAAUGCACUCGUUGUAUGUUAUGUUUUUAACUCAUAUCGUGCAAUGUUGCGGCUUUAACAUUUUAUGCAACUAUUUAUGAAGACAUCUGUUGUACCUGUAAUAAAUAUAUAGAAAAGCACGUACUUGGUACUGCCAGUUCUGCUGUUAUUUGUGUUUUUUCCGCACUGUUGCCCUUUGUUCAGUAUUAAUGCCCUGAGACCCCAAGGUGGUUCGCAGGUGACAGAGAGCUCUGUUGGCAGUGCACCCACGCUUCCAUCCCAGAUGCUGCUGCUGUUAAGUGACCCUUAUGCCAAAGUAUUCAUAGCUUUACACGACCCUAUGUUCCUUUUGUCACAUUUAUAACCUUAAGUUAUGAAUAUUAUGAACCUAAAGAAGAUGUUUACAUUUCGUGUACCAUAGCUUUGUCAUUUUUAAGGACCUACUGAGGAUUUUUCUUACGCUUCUCUUGCUGUGCAGAAACUGGGAAUUUGCCAUUAGACGUUUUAUUUUAGGGUUCAUUUUAGAUGCCUUCAUAACUGUAGUAUGCUGUACAUGUGACUGGAUAUGUGGCUAGGUGGAUUUCGGAGACAUUGCUUUUAUCAACGUAUCUGUCACAUUGAUUUUAUUUACUUGUGCUUUUUUAGGGAUUUAAGCCGGGGCAGCACAGUGGCGCAGCAGGUAGGCCUGGUGUGUCACAGCUCCUGGGCUGUGAUUGGGCUCCAUCUGUGUGAAGUUGGUGUGUUCUCCCCAUGUUUCCGGUGGUCAGAUAGUCCAAAGGUGUGUGUGAGGUGAACUG